CUCAAAAUAAUUUGCAAAUCAAUCCACCUCCUCCUCCACCACCCAACAGCACAUAAUAGUUUUCAAUCCCACAACAGAACUGUGACUCUUCCUUGCUCAACAAAAGUCAAAAUCUCUACGCUUCACGUAUCUAAUCUAAGUUGGAAAGUAUAAACAAAACUAGGCAAAUUUUUUCUACGGCAAUUUCAUAUUCGGACUAAUUUUGAAUGCAUCCUGACCUCGCUUCUCACAUUGAUACAUCCGAUUGCAAGGAUCUUGUUCAAGCACUGCAGAACUGUUAUGAAGAGAACAAAUUCAAGCGGUUUAUUGGUUCUUGUAAUGACGCACAUUUUGCAAUGUUGCGGUGUUUGAAGAAAGAGAAAGAGCAAAAACGCAUAGCAAGUUACCAAAAAUCGGUAGCUAUACAGGAAAAACUUCGUGGAAAAUCCAGCAGUAAUUCGAGUUCAACGGCAUAAAGAAAAAGAUACCUCCCACCCAACCUGUCCGUUUUCUUCUUAUCGAUCCUCGUCCUCAUCUGUUGUUGGUUAAUUAGAAACCGUACUACCACAACAAUUAGUGCAAAAUCCAUACAGUUGGACCUUCUUGUUUCUAACUGAAUGAAAAUGGUGUCUGCAACUCCUGUGCUGGGCAUUGAGGAAGACUUCAUCGCGUCGGGAUGUUACGUUCGUGACGCGUUUAAGCGAUACUUUCUCGAAGAUAAAGCCAUCGGGGGCCACUACCAGAUUCAUUUGCAUUCUAAUGGCCUAUGCUACUUGACCUUGGCUUCGACACAUCCGCUAAUCAAGGACAAUUUUGUCAUAAAAUCUGUCGAGUACUCGGCACAACGGCUAAGCAAUCAAGUAUCUGGAAAGCGUAAACGCGGUUCUCAAAACCUACAGGCUAGUUCUAUUAUUUGCACAAUUCACACCGAGUGUGGAAAGUCUUUCUUGGUUAGAGCCUCCAUGGAAGGAAAACUGGCCGAAGUGAAUAAACGACUUUUCACCACUCCCGAAGAAGUUAAAUCCAAGACGAGAGGAUAUUUAGCAAUUUUCAUGACGAAGUAUAUUGAUCUUGAAGUGACUCCACUGCCCAACACGUGGAUUUCAGAGGAAGAUUUUCUAAAUGGGAAGCACACAAUAGAUGGUGACGAUGUAGGAACAGAAAGUAGCAACAUGAAGAGUUGUAGUAGUCUUAGCAGUAGCAGUAAUAGCGGACCUUCGGAGACAAAAACUGAAAACAAUUAAAUUGUUUGUCAAUAAUCUCACGUUUUCAUAUAAUAUAGGCUGCAAUCUCCUCGCCUCGUCGUAAUUGGUCUUUGUACACAAUUUUGUACAAUUUUCGAACGCAAGAUUUAAAAUGGUGCAUAAAAUGUAGUAUUUUUCCAUGAAACCAAAUUGCACAUUUCCUAAUAAUGAGUGUUUUGAAACUACAUGAUGGAACAGGCACGUCAAUUAGCUAAAAUUUUGCCAGUAGAUUCUUAAAAGAACACUACAUAAUAAUAUAAUAUCCAGCCAUUUAUAUGCAGCAGAGGUGAUGUUUGUAAUGUUGGGGCUAUAAAUUUUAAUACCAAAAUUGUUCAUGCAAUUUACUGUUGUCGGUAUAUAUAAUUUUAUAAUAUUUUAGUGAAAGUAUUAUGUAUUCUACAACACGAUAUAAUAUUAUGAUAAUGUCGAUGAUGAUAAAUGUGCCAACAACAUCCUUCUAGUAUUCAAACCGUGAACCUGUGCUACCAUUAAAUUAUUAACGAAUAUUACAAAAAAACAAUGCAAGCACAACCACCAGUAAAAUUUGUACCUUAAUUUCCUUCUGUGAAUUUGAAACUGUAUUGCGACAAAAUUUAAUAUUUUAUAUAUUCGACGGUACUUGGUAGUUAAAUUUAAACACUCCUCAAUUUUGUUGCGUGUAAAUAGUAUGAUGGUUAAUAUGGAAUUGUGUCAUAAUCAUGUUUAAAAGGAAAGAAGGAAUACAUACCACUUUUGAAAUCCUAUACGCAGUUUAAUAUUUAUGUAUGUAGUUAGUUACGUAGUUCCCUGUGUUUUCAUCAUAAAAUUUAUGUAAUUGAUCCACACCUUCUCCGUAUUACGUAAAUUACAAAUUAAAAUUACAUUACACAUUGCAUUGCCGUACCUCAGGAAUUCUGGUACUAUUAUUUUGUACUGUAUAAGAAAAUGAUGGAAUUGAAGCAAUAAGACUUGAAAUUGUUAUCAAAUGGUGACUACAAUUCUGAAAUUAAGAUACAUAAUUAAUUGUGCUUAUGUACAAAUUUCCAAUGAAAUACAAUGGUGUAAUAGUUAGUAA